CGCCGCUAGUUGUCACUGUAACUGAUAGUUUUCGCUUCUAGAAAGUGAUGAGCGCAUGCGCAGUGGCGCAAACUGGCGCUGGGCAAGGACAUUGGGAGAGAAGUGACAUUUGUGUAACGUUGACAACAGUUCUUCUUCUUUAUAAAUCAUUCAGAAAUUUACGUCAAUCGGAUUUAGGCCCACACUUGUACCUCUGCACAGUGAACUGUCGCAUCGCUGAUUUUCACCUGGUUCACUGAGGACAGAGUUAAAGGAUUGAAGUUGCACUGUGAAGGAGCGAGUCACUAGAGGAAGCAGUGGAUGAGAGAGUCACUUUCCUCCUCAUUGAGUUGCAUGAUAAUGUCAUCUUACUGAGUGUCCACUGAGGUUGCCCCAACACCCUGACUUGAAUGGCUGUGUGCAGAGGGGGUGUCUCUCUUUGGGUGGGGUGUGUCAGGAACCAUAGCGGCAGACAACCAAUGACGAAACAGUGUUGGAAUCUAUGUCAGACAACUGAGUUCCACCUAAAUGACAACUGUAGGACACUGAGCAGUGCAUCAUGGGCCUUGGCCCCUCUGAACAGUCUAGGCUACCAGUCCGUUAAACAGUCAGCCCUCUCCCAUCCCUUCCACCAUGCCUGCCAGCCCAACAGAGCUCCCAACCUGGAGGAGGAUGAGUGGGAGCAGGUCGUCAGCCUUUGUGUCCUGCUCAAACCCGGGGAGACUGAUGAGCAGCACACCAUGGUGGAGGUACCACUGCUCGGGCAGACCAAGUUAAGCGAGCUUCUGGCUUUGGGGCCCAAUAGACCCUUUGACUUGCUUUUUCCUUUAACCACUGUUGAUGGUAGCAGAGAUGAUGAUAUAAGCAUUACCAGAAAGAUAGGGACUGAGAUAACGCCCCAGCAGGAGCUGAGGGAGAGAGGCUCUUUCAGGAGUCUGUUUGAGACGGAGGGAUGUCCCACCCCAUUUAUGUUGGGAUCUCGCUUCUAUUGCUUUCAUUGCCCCGGGACAGAGUCUCACUCAGAGGCAGAGGACAAAAUAAGACUGGGACAGGAAGAGCAAAGCUUCCAUCCAGCCAUCCAUUUCACACAUUGCAGCCAUGCUGAGAUGGAGAGUGUGGACAAGAGUUCGAGUCAGAAGGACAUGGAGAAUGAGGAGAAACUUGCCCUGAUGUACGAAAAGUUGAGAGUGGAGCUGCCCAGUUUCUUUGUGAAAAAUCAUGACUACAGCUUAUACUCUGAAGAUGUUGAGUUCAUCAAUGGUCUUCUGAACACCAAGACAAGGGGCCGUGUAGCAUACCAGCUGGCUCUGACACUUUGGCGAUUGAUGUGUCUGUGUUACUAUGCAGAGGCUCAGCUGGAAGUGCUGAAGUUGACCAAGCAUCCAGAAGACGGCUCCAUCAAAGCUCGCUGGAGAGUCAAAGGCCUUCCCUUCCACUCCCUUCUGGUGUUCUUCUACAAAAAAGACAAGAGCCAACUUUACAAAACAUAUGAUGCAUUCUCCACCUUCUAUCUUGGCUCUGAUGGACGAAUACACUGUCAUAAAGUUGAAAAGGUUAUGCAGGCUCGCCCUCCCUUGCUGCCCAAAGUGACCUCAAUGCUGGCCGGGGCCGUGGUGGCUCUGGGCAUUCAGGAACACCGACCAGCCCUCAACCUGCUCCCACUCCUGCUGUCUUCAUUCCGACAGGCCCGAGCUUGAACUGCAAAGAUGAAUACAGCACUUCCUGUAGAUGUGCAUGCUCAGGAGGACGUGUGUUUGGUGACACCAUUAAAAAGACUGAAAAAGAUGCAGAGCGUAAGAUUCAGAGAGAGCUAUAUUGAGUGUCCUGAGUGAAUUGCAGGAAAAAGAACAAACGAGUUACAACUAAUGUCACUUGAAAUCAUCUCCUGUGUCCACUCUUGAAUUUCCACUAUUUGAAUAACAUACACUGAUAGCAGAUCAGCUCUAAACACAACUUCAUCCUGCACUCAUGAAAAUGUAACCGCUUUCAAAGCCUAGCUUAACACAUAUUACACAAUAAGACAGGAUAACACAAUAUUCCUUGUCAUUUGAGCCAUCGUUCAUUAAACAGAAGAUUCAUGCUUUUGAUCGCACAACUCUUUAACACAAUUAUGGUAAAUCAUGUAAAUAUAAAAAUGCAAGCUUUGUUAAAACACAGUCCAAAUAAUUACAUGUCCAGAUCACAUUGAGUUAUAAACCAGCAGAGGUGGGGGUCUAAUAGAAAUCGGUCAUGGGAUGGUAAAUAAGUCUUGAUCGGCUUACAUUGUAAUAUGUGCUUGAUUAUAUAUUUUUUGUAUUUAUAUAUUCAUUGCUGAUUUCAUCAGUUGUGUUGAUUGGAUAAAGAGAGAAUGCUCCAAGGAUUUAUCACUCUUUGCUCAUUUAUUUAUUAAAGGGAUAGUUUACCCAAAAAUGAAAAUUCUCUCAUCAUUUAAUCACCCUCGUGCUAUCCCAGAUGUGUACGACUUUCUUUUUUUGAACACAAAGAUUUUUAGAAAUAUAUUUCAGAUCUGUAGAUCAAU